AUAGUAACCCUGCCCUGAAUCCAAGCCCACCACGGGGAAGAGUUUAGCAAUAAGGAGUUCUUUGAAAGCCCAAUAUGACAGUUGCUACUGGAGAUCCUGCAGAUGAAGCUGCAGCUCUUCCUGGUCACCCCCAGGACACAUAUAACCCUGAGACAGACCAUGAAUGCUGCGAGAGGGUGGUCAUUAACAUCUCAGGGCUGCGUUUCGAGACACAGCUCAAGACACUUGCUCAGUUUCCAGAGACCUUACUAGGAGAUCCUAAAAAGAGGAUGAGAUAUUUCGACCCUCUGCGGAAUGAGUAUUUCUUUGACCGCAACAGACCCAGUUUCGAUGCCAUUUUGUACUAUUACCAGUCUGGUGGGAGGUUGAGGAGACCUGUAAAUGUGCCCUUGGAUAUCUUCUCAGAAGAGAUUCGUUUCUAUGAACUGGGGGAAGAAGCCAUGGAGAUGUUUCGGGAGGAUGAAGGUUACAUCAAAGAAGAGGAAAGGCCAUUGCCUGAGAACGAGUUCCAGAGACAAGUGUGGUUGCUCUUUGAGUACCCUGAGAGCUCAGGCCCCGCCAGGAUUAUAGCUAUUGUCUCUGUCAUGGUGAUUUUAAUCUCCAUCGUCAGCUUUUGCCUGGAAACCUUGCCCAUUUUUCGGGAUGAGAACGAUGACAUGCACGGCAGUGGCCUGAGCCACCCUCCCUACUCCAACAGCAGCAUGGGCUACCAGCAGUCCACCUCCUUCACAGAUCCCUUCUUCAUUGUGGAGACCCUUUGCAUCAUCUGGUUCUCCUUCGAGUUCUUGGUGAGGUUCUUCGCCUGCCCCAGCAAGGCUGGAUUUUUUACCAACAUCAUGAACAUUAUAGACAUUGUGGCCAUCAUUCCCUACUUCAUCACCUUAGGGACAGAGCUGGCUGAGAAGCCAGAGGAUGGCCAACAGGGCCAACAAGCCAUGUCCUUGGCCAUCCUCCGAGUCAUCCGCUUGGUGCGGGUCUUCAGGAUCUUCAAGCUCUCCAGGCACUCCAAGGGGCUGCAGAUCCUGGGGCAGACCCUCAAGGCCAGCAUGAGGGAGCUGGGUUUGCUCAUCUUCUUCCUCUUCAUCGGUGUCAUCCUCUUCUCCAGCGCCGUCUACUUCGCCGAGGCCGACGAGAGCGAGUCGCAGUUCCCGAGCAUCCCCGAUGCCUUCUGGUGGGCUGUGGUUUCCAUGACGACUGUUGGCUACGGAGACAUGGUCCCCACGACCAUCGGGGGGAAAAUAGUGGGUUCCUUGUGUGCCAUCGCUGGAGUAUUAACCAUUGCCUUACCAGUGCCCGUCAUAGUGUCUAACUUCAACUACUUCUACCACCGGGAGACGGAGGGAGAGGAGCAGGCUCAGUAUCUGCAAGUAACCAGCUGCCCAAAGAUCCCUUCUUCCCCUGACCUAAAGAAAAGCAGAAGUGCCUCUACUAUUAGUAAGUCUGAUUAUAUGGAGAUUCAGGAAGGUGUAAACAAUAGCAAUGAGGAUUUUAGGGAGGAGAACUUGAAGACAGCCAAUUGCACCCUAGCUAACACAAACUAUGUGAAUAUCACCAAGAUGCUAACUGAUGUCUAGUUGCUAAACCCUAGUCACGUAUUUAAAGCUCAAGUGGAACAACUGCAGAUAUUGAGUGCUGCUCUGCAUUGUAGUUAACACAGUCUUUUCUACGGUGUAUAUUUGGUUCUGCAUGGGAAGCAAUAGCUGUGUAAGUGACUUUUAACCUUUGAUUUCCACACUGAGUAAGCAUCUGUGCAAACAGACCCAACAAACCCAAACCAUGUUGUUCCCCUUCUCCCAUCCCAGGCUUGUGGGGAUCCAAAGAU